AUGCAAGAAUCGAUGGCCACCGAGGUUCUCAACUUGGAAGACGCCCAUUACUUCUUGUCUCUGGAAGAGACCCGCUUGGACCGAGCCGCAGCGCAGCACCGGACGCCUUUGACUAAUCGCCCUCGCAUUGGUUUCAACACGGUCUUGGGCAAGUUCAUCUACGCGUGCCGACUGGACGACCUGCAAUCAGACCUCGCUUCGUCGUCGGCGUCCGGCGACGCGUUUUUUAACUCACUGUUGUCGGCCUUCGCAGCACCUUCUUCGCGCGAGUGGUGGCCUGCCGACAGCGACGUCCGUGGGGUUGCCGAUGGCUUCUGCAAACUACAGCGAGUCUACGAGGUCUCAGUCGUGCGGAUCGUGGCCAUGAUUUCGCGUCGGCUACCGUCUGUUUCACCGCAAGACCUCAGCCUAAUCGCGAGAGGCUGCUACGCGAACGCGACGCACGCCAACACAACGGCCUGGUCUGAACAAGCGCUCGCCGCGGGACUGCCAACUGACGCGAGGCGCGCGGCGUUGCAAUCAAAGCACCAUAACCUGUAUCCAGCCCCGCCGGAGACCGACGUGGACGAAUACAAGUCGGUGUGCGCGGAAAAGGGUGAUUUGAGAACGACUACGGCCGAACUCAGUUGUGUCAUGUGGACUGGCGACGGAGACCCCCGGUUAAUACUGGCGCCGCUCAAGUUGGAAGUACUGUCCCUCACGCCCCGCGUCGUGGUAUUCGCUGACUUCCUCACUCCGUCUGAGGUGGCCUACAUUCAGGACACUGGGCAUACAGGCUUGAAGCGAGGAGCCAUUUACGACUCGGGAAAUCCUUCAGGAGUCACCAGUUACAAGCGCAUCAGCAAGGUGUCCUGGCUAUGGGAUACUGAGCACCCUUUUCUGAGUUCACUGGGUCGUCGCAUCAGCUUGGCCUCGGGCCUUUCCUUGGAGUCUUCCGAGGCUUACCAGGUGGCCAACUAUGGGCUUGGCGGACACUACACGGCGCACAACGAUGCCAGAGACUUCGAGCAGGUCGCGGACGAGUGGUACACGAGGGAUGGCAACCGUGUGGCCACCAUGCUACUCUACCUGACCGACGUCUCACUAGGGGGCGCCACUGCGUUCGUCCGUUUGCAGCUGGCCGUGAAGCCUCGGCGUGGCUCGGCCCUCUUCUGGUACGACCGUGGCACCGUACUCGGGUAA